AGACUUAGUUCAAACUUGAAUAUAAAAUGCCUUCAUUAACCAUAACCACCAAUGUUCCUAAAGAUGAAUUCCCUAAAGACUUUCUGGCGGGAAUGACAGAAAUUUUGGCUAAAAGUUUGGGAAAACCAGAAAAAUACAUUUGUGUUGUAGUUCAUCCAGGAACAUGGAUGUCAUUUGCUGGAACAGAAGAAGCUUGUGCAAAUUGCAAACUUGAAAGUAUCGGGAAAUUAUCUCAACCUGAAAAUAUUGAACAUACUAAGGCAAUCAUGAGUUACCUGAGUGAAAAGUUGGGAAUUACAAAAGAUCGAAUGUACAUAGCAUUCAGGGAUUCUUCCAAGGCAGAUAUGGGAUACAAUGGAACAACAUUUGCAGCCUAAUGCAGUCCUGAUCACCUUAAAAAAGUUGUAGGAACAAUGUAGUACAAUGGAAAUUUAUUUGAACCUUGGAAUGCAUUUAGAUUGCAAAGGAUUAUAUACUACUUUGUGUAGUUUUAGCUGAUAUUGUAGUUUUGUUUAUUAACAUUGAUCAAUGUUACCAUAUUUAAAACUAUAUACCGGUACUCUUGAUUGUUUUAUAAAAACUUCCUUUUGAAUAUAGUGCAUUAAAUUUUGUCUGAAUUAACAUCUUCGUAUGAUAGAAGCGAUAUACCGAUAAAAUCUAUUGUAAACAAUAACAUCAACUUAUAAUUCAAGCCCUAUGCAGUGUUUACAGUACAUAAACAUUCAUUUUCAACUUCAUAAUUGCCAAUUGUUUUUGUUUAUUAUUAUUAUUGUGCGAGUCCUCGUUGCAGUAAAUUAACCAAUCGUCCCAUGAUAGCAUAUUCAAAAGUUCAAUAAAGAGUAAGUCUAAUUUUAUUUGCACUGUGUUGCAUGUUGCUUGAUGAAAUUAUUGUUACCGUACGUAUGUUUGAAUACUUUCACAUUCCAGAUUUUUUUUCACAAUUUAUUUAAAAUAUAAUUGUUAUCAAAAAUUGUUUGAAUUCAAACUAGUUGGGAGCAAAUAUAUGUGUUCGUGUGCUGUUUACAUUAUCAUUGUUGCUUAAAACAAACUUUGAACCUCACUUUUUACUUUGAAAUACUUUUUUUAUUUUCCUCAAUAUUAUUCAAAAUAAGUUGUUCUUAUUUUUUUUAACUAUUUUAGAUAAAUUCAUAAUGACUGCGAAUAGUUAUGGACUUUUGUUUUGUUUGCUUUGAAAUGAAUUACUGUUUCAAAUUGUUUUGCUAUUGAAUAUUCUUUCCCGUGCCAAAUUUUUUGCAAAGAACUAAUAAUUUUGCCAUGAAUGAUGUGUGGUCACAUAUUAGAUUUACCUAGUAAUUUAUCUUAUCCUAGACUUUCAGAAAUUGCUGACAGUUUAAGUACAUUUCCCAUAUCAGCUCUGCCUAUCUAUCAACAAUGUGUUUAUUCCAGCAUUAAAUGUGCCAAUGAUAUAAUCCUAAUUGUAGAAUUUAGUGUAUUGUAGUUAAUAUACAAUUCAGCUGUUUUUAUUGUAUACCAUAUACAUUGCAAAUCAUGCUUACUUGGAAUUGUUUUGUGUAUCUGGAUUCAG